AUGUUUACAAACGAGCAGAUAGUCCCCUCGCAUUCCUCACUCGAUGUAGAGAAAAACACCGAUACCGACGCACUCCCCUCACUCUCGCCCUCACCCUCACCCAACACCCACACCCCCAUCGCCCCUCCCCCCUCCAAAUCACCCAUCCACGACACCACAACCCCCACAUCCUCUCCUCCCCCGCAAAACCGUUUCUUCGCCCUCACCACGCGCAUUGAAAAUGCCCUCGGUCUCGAAGCCCGCGGCAUCCAUCGCGUGCUCCCCGCCGAGCAAACCCCUAAAACUACCCUGUCCUUUUUACAAAUCGUCGUGUUGUGGUUUUCCAUCAAUACCGCGCCGCAGAAUAUUACUUUGGCUAGUAUUGGCGCCAGUGUGUAUGGAUUGGGCUUUGUGGAUGCGACGCUUUGUAGUGUUUUUGGAGCCGUGGUGGGUGUGUUGCCCGUGGCGUAUGUGGCGGGUUGGGGCCCUUGGAGUGGCAAUAGAACUAUGAUAUGCGCUCGAUUCACAAUGGGAUGGUGGCCAGUGAAGGUUUGUGUGAUACUGAAUUUAGUUAUCUUGUUAGGAUACGCAAUGAUUGAUGCAGUAGUAGCUGGUCAAAUGUUAUCUGCAGUCUCGCCGAAUGGGAGUCUGUCCGUAGAAGUUGGGAUCGUCGUUUCGGCCGUUCUGACAUUCAUGGUAACAACAUUUGGCAUCAAGAUAUUCCAUCACUACGAGAGAUUCGCAUGGAUACCGCAAACAAUCGUUCUUCUCAUCUUAGCCGGAACCGCAGGCUCAAAGUUCGACCUCAAUAGUAAACCCACAGUCGAAGGCGCAACACUCACCGGAAACCGUCUUUCAUUCUUCUCAAUCUGUCUCAGUGCAGCAAUUACCUACGCCCCUAUCGCAGCCGAUUUCUUCGUUUACUGCGAUCCUAAAAUUGCAUCUCGCUGGAAAGUCUUCGCGGCAACUCUCCUCGGUCUCUCCCUCUCCUUCACAUUCACCUUCGUCAUAGGAACCGGUCUCGCAUCCGGCAUUUCCGACACCCCUUCUUGGGAAGCGGCAGGAGCAGGAUCAGGUGCUCUCAUAGUCGCUGGAUUCGAAAGUCUAGGCGGGUUUGGAAAGUUUUGCUCAGUGGUUGCGGCAUUGGGCUUAAUAGCCAACAUGGUUCCUCCAACCUACUCUUGCGGUAUCGAUUUCCAAAUCCUCGGGCGAUAUCCAGCCAUGGUUCCGAGAUUCCUCUGGAAUACAUUCGGGGUUGUAGUAUUCACCGCGUGCGCACUCGCGGGACGCAACGAUCUCUCGGAAAUCUUCACCAAUUUCCUAUCGCUGAUGGGUUACUGGGUCGUGCUGUGGAUCGGUAUCACGUUGGAAGAAGAAUUUAUCUUUCGACGUCGUAGGAAUCCUACCUUUGUAUGGAGUGAUUGGGAUCAACAGGAUCGAAUGCCGGUGGGUAUCGCGGCUUUGGUGGCGUUUGGGGUGGGGUGGGUCGGGGCAAUUUUGUGUAUGAGUCAGUAUUAUUUUAUAGGACCGUUGGCGAAGAUGGUGGGGAGUGAGGGCGGGGAUAUGGGGAAUUAUGUGGGGUUUGCGUGGGCGGGUUUGGUGUAUCCAGGGUUGAGAUGGUGGGAGUUGAGGAGGUUUGGGAGGUAG